CAUCUUGACAUGGAUGGCAAACGACAAUGCUUCGGACUCCUACACGUACAGGAUAGAGGCUGUAAAUGGUACCUCUGUUAGGAGCAAGACGGUGAAUGUCAAGGAAGCUGAAAUUACUGAGUUAAUCCCUGGGACAAACUACAAUUUUACGGUAUUUGCAGUAGCGGCUGAUGGUCAGACGGAAGGAGAAAGAGUGACUGUAAACCAAUCCACAGUUCCUUCCUCAGUGAAUUCAUUUCAGUGUGAAUCGGUGGCUAAUAUGUCUUACCUAAUGCUGAAGUGGGAAUGUCCUUAUGGUCACUAUUCUGGCUUCACCAUUAAAAUAUCUAGAGGUUUAGAGGUUAUAAAAGAAGAAGAGAGUCAGUCCUGUUCAGGAGAAGGCUUCAAAACAUCACCUUUGGAUUAUUUCAAAACCUAUAAUGUUACUGUUACAACUGUUUCAAAUGGUAAUACAAGUUCUCCAGUGCAGGAAACAUGUAAAACCAGCAUUACAGAUCCACCUGCUCCAAAAAAACCUCCUACAGUCAAGGUGCUUAGUCACAACUCGUUGUCUGUUGAAUUUUUUGAUUUUGAGACACUCUAUGGACCAUUAAAAGCCUAUGCAGUAAUGAUCAUAACGGAAGAAGAAGGUUGUCCACCUUUGAAGUCUAAAUUGAAUUACACAUACGAAGAUUUCAAGAAAAAGAAGACAGGCACCUAUGUGACUUAUGUCACAGACACAGAGAAGGCAAAAACACCUUCUUUCCGUUCUCAGAAUGUCAUCAGUGUAGGCAAGGGAAACACCACGUAUGGCUAUAAAAAUGGACCAUUGACUCCACUUCAUUCAUACAGGGCAAGUGUUGCAGGCUUCACUAAUAUAAGCUUUACUGCGGAAAACAUCAUUAUGGAAGAACAUAGUUAUGUAUCAUUUUCACCCUGUUCUGAGAAGGUUUCGUUACCCCAGGAUCCAGGUGUUAUUGCUGGAGCUGUUAUUGGAUGCCUUUUAGCCAUAUUGGCUGUAGUCGCUAUAGGGGGUUACAUAUUCUGGACAAGAAGAAGGAAAGAUAAAAGGAAUACUGAAGUGUCUUUUUCUCCAAUUAAAGUAAAGAAAUCAAAAAUGAUUAAAGUGGAGAACUUUGAGUCCUACUUUAAGAAGCAGCAAGCAGACUCCAACUGUGGUUUUGCUGAAGAGUAUGAGGAACUCAAGUCUGCUGGUGUUCAUCAGCCCAAAUUUGCUGCUGAAAUCCCAGAGAACAGGGGGAAAAAUAGAUACAAUAAUGUCUUACCAUAUGAUAUUUCUCGUGUUAAACUUUCAGAUCUAAACUCUGCAACUGACGAUUAUAUUAAUGCAAACUAUAUGCCUGGCUAUAUCUCAAAGAAGGCAUUUAUUGCUGCACAAGGUCCUUUAUCCAAUACUAUAGAAGACUUCUGGCGCAUGAUUUGGGAAAAGAAUAUCUACUCUAUUGUUAUGUUGACGAAAUGUGUUGAACAAACCCGGACAAAAUGUGAGCAAUAUUGGCCAGACAAACAAAGUAAGAUCUAUGGUGACAUUGCUGUGACAGUAGUCUCGGAGACUGUUCUUCCAGAAUGGACAAUAAGGGACUUCAAUGUAGAAAAUGCCAACACACAGGAGAGCCGUAUAGUGCGUCAGUUCCAUUUCACCUCCUGGCCUGAUCACGGAGUGCCGGAGACAACAGACCUGCUCAUCAACUUCAGACACCAUGUUCACGAAUACAGCAGUCAAAAUCCUAUUGACUCUCCUGUUCUAGUGCACUGCAGUGCUGGUGUCGGGAGGACAGGGACAUUCAUUGCCAUUGACCGCCUGAUUCAGCAGAUUGAAAUGGAGAAUACUGUGGAUGUGUAUGGAGUGGUGUAUGAUCUUCGAAUGCAUCGACCUUUAAUGGUGCAAACUGAGGACCAGUACGUCUUCCUAAACCAGUGUGUCAUGGAUAUUAUUAGAUCCCAGAAAGACAAGAAAACAGAUCUUAUUUACCAAAACACAACAGCAAUGGCAAUCUAUGAAAAUUUCACACCUGAGCCAGGCUUUGGGAAGGCUAACGGCUACCAUGCAUAGCCUGGAAGGAAAGCAGUGUCUCCAAGAGGUGUUGUCUGCACAUAAAAAAGGGAGACGUUCUACGUGUGUUUUCCGGGAUUGUGUGCAGUGUCUUACGUUUGGUUUCUCCAAUUUUGUCCUUACAUGAAGAUGUGAUCUACAGGAGGACAAAAACAGUGCUGGCAGGAUCCAAGGAUUGUUAUAAAAAGAAAAUACUUAAAGUUAACAGAGGAAUUUUUGCCUUUUCUUGGGAAUUUAACAGUACUGAUAGGUGAAAUAGCAUUUACAGUACGAACAAUGAACUAGAAUUUCAAUAUUAAAAUAAUAACACAAGCUUUUUAUUACAAUUUUAUAUGAUUUCAUUUACAGACACCAGGCUUGUGGGCUGUUUUAAUAUAUUUAAUUAUAAGUUUCAGGAACAUAUUUUAUCUACUGUAUCUGGUUACUUAGCUAAUAGAUAUGUGCCUCUGUGAUCUUUUUUUUCUGAGUGUUCCUUUUUAUUUAAAAAAGGAGUACAAACACCUCCUCCAAAUGGACAUUUGUACUUGGAAAUUGUGCCUUUUCUAGUUGCUACUCUAGAAAAAAAAAAAACAGCAGAGAUUCUAUUUUUGUACUGAAACUCUUAAUGAGAACACAGAUUUUUAAAUAAGGCUUAUGUCAAACCUAACUGUAGUUGCACUGUUGGCAGGACUCUCCAGAAGUUUGGAGGUGAGCUUUGUUUUUGCAUUUCACCAUGAAUAUCCCCUGCCUUAAUGUUUCGGUGCCUCUGCUAGAGGAAAAGGAGUGUGGUGUGUCACUCCGAGCUUUAACUAUAGUGAAAAACUGAGCAAGUGAGUAUGUGAAUGUGUGCGCGGGGGUGUGUGUGGGGUGCGUAUGAAGGACAGAAUAGCCCCUCCCUGUUCCUGGCUGAUAUUCCUGUUUUUAUACAAUUUAUAAUGAUUUAUUUAAAGGUGCAAUAUAUGAUUUACUGAAUAAUGAUCACUCUAUUCUAAUAGAGUUUUACUCAGGUUGGUGUCUUUUUAUCGUUGUUGUUUUUUCCUCAAAUGUAUAAAUCUGUGAAAAUGUUGAGCUAAGGUUCCAAGUGUCCAAGCACUCCCAAACAGAUUGACUGGCUUUACUGUUUCUACCAAAACAAAUUGCACAAAGUUCUGCUGUAAAGACCAACUUCUCGGUUGCCGUUCAAAACUGAGACAUAUCUUACCUGCCUGCAUCUCAUUGAUCUAAUGUAAUUGUUUUGUAAUUGUUUGCAAUGUACUGCUGCUGUUAUUUUAACUGGUCCUUUUAAAAACAGAACAAACAAGCAGAAAACCCCUAGUUUGCUGAUGUUUGCAAGCCAAGGAUUUGAUUGGAUUUUGCUGGUACAUAACUGCUAGACUUAUGAAGGCACUACCAAUGAAGGACUUCUUAAGUAGUUUGCAGGUGUAUUGUUUUUUUGUCUUUGGAUCAUUGCACUGGUUGCAUUGCAAAGGAAUAUGAAGUUUAUGAAUAAUGCUAUAGAAUAGCUCUAAAGUGGUGAAAAUCUUGUGAAGGUUUAAUAACCAGAGUCCCUGAAGUUCUGCUGCUUUUUGUUUGUUUUUUUUUUAGCAGAGUUGUCAAAAAUAGCUACAUAUAUUAGGAGUAUAUGUGGUAUUACAGUGGAACCUGGUGACCUCGCAGAAUCCACUGUUAGCAGAAGAAAAUGUAGGAAUUCCUGGUGUACAACUGUAAAUUUACAGAUAACCAGAGGAAUUUUUAACACCCGGUGUGAAAAUGUGGUGUGCUAGGUGAGCAAAACUGGAGGACAAACUACAGAGUGUUUUUUUUUGUUUGUUUGUUUGUUUGUUUGUUUGUUUUUGUAGCAGCCACUUGUAGGUUCUUGAAUAUUUCUUCUUACUCUGUUUUUUUUUUUUUUUAAAAUCAGUACACAUACAUACAAAAACAAAACAAAAAACUCCAAACCUAACCAUGAGGUUAGCAAUCCUGCCCAACUCCAUCCAAAAUGGCAGUCCACAUAGUUGAUCUCACCCAGCAUUCUUUCUACGCUGCUGUCAGAUGACAAACAGAAGUAAACCACUGGGACCAAACAGAACCAUUCCAAAGGAACUGGGAGGAAGAAAAGGCCUGCCCCUUACAGUCAUGUUAUUUUUUCUUCCUUUCAGUCUUCUAAUUGCAGAGCACAGAACUGGUAUUCCUUAUUCCAGGUCCUGCAGGAACUUGCCGCCUUAGGGUGGUGAACGAAUGCUCUGUUGCUUCAGAGGUCCUUGUUUUAUACAACACAGAGGAGAGGGAGAUUAAUCUUCUACUUUAGAUUGUGUGUUUGCAUUAUAUUGCAGUGGAACAUCAGAACCAGCUGGUGUAGUGUUUCUGCCCAACCACCUUUUCUUGCAGAAAACAAAAGUAUCGGUCUCAUUCCUUUGAUGUUGGAAGCAGGUGCCAAAGUCUCUCGUGUCAGCAUCUAAUAAAUAUCCAUUUUUAAUACCAUUGUAUCCACUUCAACACUUCUGUGAUUUCCCAACACUGAAUCAUUGUGAGAAGAGACAGAAGCUUGAACUAAAUGAGCUGUUGAUCCCAGGGAUAGGUGAGAAAGGUUGGUAAGGGUUAACAUGUUUUUCAAUGAAGUUGGCUCUAUUGUCCCUGUGAGUAAGUAGGCCAUGCUUCAUAGGAUACCUAUGCAGGAAGAACAGGAUUACACGUAACCCUCUACUAGGGGUCUCUUGUAGAUCCUUUUUGGCCAAUAUGACUUGAAUCCUGGCAAAUAUUUUUUCCCUGCAUUCUGAUGUUCGCUGUGUUAUAAUUGCUGAGAUCUCUCUCUCCAUUCAGUGUUUUCUCCUGCUGUUGCUCAUCUAAACCGAUUUACUGUCCAGGCUCAAAGCCCUCCUGUGUGGCAAUGACAUCUCCUGCAUUUCUGUUUUACACUUCUUCCCAUUUGGGGCCUGCUUAAGAAGGGAAAAGUUGAUGCGUUUCAAAUAAGUGACUGUUAGUUAAAUAUCUUGAUAUUAUGUACAAAUUUUAUUGUUUUCUUAUUUGUUGUACAGGAAAUUUCAGCACGUCUAUAAUGUUUUUAAUUGAUUUGUUUUUAAAAAUAUAAAAGUAACAAUUAAAAAUUAUCAUCCUAGA